ACACACACUCUCUCUCUCUCUCUCUCCCUCGGCUUACAGUAUACACCUAUCUAUCUUCCACAAGCAUCAGCAGUCUCUUCAUCAGUCUCCGCGAUACGAGCGCUACUACGGCGCAAAGCAUGGCACCUCUGCGCCCUAAAGAACCGGUCUCCGCCGCUGUGCACCUCUGCGUUUUUCUGCUGACCGCCUCGGCCUGGAUGGCACUGCCGGGACCCGUGCGCUGUGACAGCGGGGCUUUAAACCGACGCGGCGGGGUGGACCGUACGUUUGACAUGGGCGACGGAGACGGAGGCUCCCCGCCGGGCUUACCGAGGGAUGGUGACGAGGAAGCCGUCGGCGCGGAGAGCUCACCCCGCUUCAGGAGAGCGCUGUCCCGGGAAAAACAAAUGUCCUUGCUCAGCAGCUCGUUCGUGCUCAAAGGGGAUGCGACCCACAACCAGGCGAUGGUCCACUGGACAGGAGAGAACAGCAGCGUUAUCCUGAUCCUGACCAAGUACUACCAUGCUGACUCCACCAAGGUGCUGGAGAGCUCGCUGUGGAGGUCUACUGACUAUGGCACCACCUACACUAAACUGAACCUGAUGCCAGGGACAACCAUUGUGGUGACCAGUUUUUACAUCUGCCCAACCAACAAGAAGAAGGUAGUGCUGGUGGGUUCGUCCAUCAAUGAACGAGAUCAGAUGCUCUUUAUCAGCACUGAUGAGGGUUCCUCCUUCCAGCGACAGUCCAUCGCCUUUACCCCAGACACACUUGUUUUCCACCCCAAGGAAGAAGACAAGCUCCUGGCCUACUGCAAAGAGGGCAGGCUCUUUGCCUCCAUAGACCUGGGCCGCAAGUGGACUUUGCUUCAGGAGCGGGUGACUAAGGACAGAGUCUUUUGGUCUGUAUCUGGUGUGGAUGUGGACCCUGAUCUGGUGCACAUGGAAAUGCAAGAUACAAGUGGAGGUUACCUGUACGUUACCUGUCUCAUCCAGAACUGCUCAGACAAAAUGGUGACGGCUCAGUUCCUCGGCAAAAUCGACCACAACUCAUUGUUGGUGCAGGACGACUACAUAUUUGUCAAGGUCACUACAGGGAAUCGUACCAAGCACUAUGUGUCCUAUCGGCGCAACGAGUUUGUCCAGAUGAGGUUUCCCAAGUACGCCUUGCCAAAGGAUGUUCAGAUAGUGAGUACGGAUGAGAACCAGGUCUUCCUCGCCCUCCAGGAGUGGUACCAGUCAGACACAUAUAACCUGUACCAGUCGGACCCUCAGGGCGUCUACUACUCCAUCGUCCUGGAAAAUGUUCGCAGCACCAAGCAGCCAGAGGAGAACGUCCUCAUUGACAUCCUAGAGGUACGUGGAAUCAAAGGUGUCUUCUUGGCCAAUCAGAAGAUCGACAGCAAAGUGACGACUCUCAUCACCUAUAACAAAGGACGAGACUGGGAACCUUUGGCCCCGCCUACCACUGACAUGAAUGGCAAGCCAAUCAGCUGCAAAGCACCAGACUGUCACCUCCACCUGCACCUGCGCUGGGCGGACAACCCCUACGUAUCAGGGACUGUCCACACCAAAGACUCUGCUCCAGGUCUCAUCAUGGGUGCUGGUAACCUUGGCUCCAAGCUAGUGGAAUAUAAGGAGGAGAUGUACAUCACUUCAGACUGUGGGAAGACAUGGAGACAGGUUUUCGAGGAGGAGCAUCACAUCCUGUACCUGGACCACGGUGGGGUCAUUGUUGCCAUCAAGGACACCUCUAUUCCCCUCAAGAUACUCAAGUUUAGUAUUGAUGAAGGACGGACGUGGACCGUUCACAACUUCACCAGCACCUCCGUGUUCGUUGAUGGACUCCUGAGUGAGCCAGGAGAUGAGACCCUGGUCAUGACUGUAUUUGGCCACAUCAGCUACAGGUCAGACUGGGAGCUGGUCAAAGUGGACUUCAGGCAGUCUUUUCCCCGUCAGUGUACUGAGUCGGACUAUGACUCUUGGCAGCUCACAGACCUGCAGGGAGAGAGGUGCAUUAUGGGCCAGGAGCGGAGUUUCAGGAAGAGAAAGGACACAGCAUUCUGCAUCAAAGGGAAGAGCUACACCUCUGCUCUCACCACCAAACCCUGUCAAUGCACAGAGAAAGACUUCAACUGUGACUACGGCUUCGAGAGGUCCCGCACAGAGGGCGAUCGCUGCUUCGCCGACUUCUGGCAUGAUCCAGACUCACCCCCCGAAGACUGCCAUCUUGGACAGACCUACGAGUCCACCACUGGUUACAGGAAGGUGAUAUCUAACGCAUGUGACGGGGGGCUUAACAGGCAGCAGAGCGCCAAACAGCACAACUGCCCUCUGUUGCCCCCUAGAGGGCUACGGGUUGGCAUCAAAGGGCAGAUGCUGGCCGUGGCACCUGGUGAUGACAUCACAUUCAUUGUCCACCAGGAACAGGGCGACACCAGCAGCACCAAAUACCAGGUGGACCUCGGCGACGGGGUUCGGGCCAUUUACCAGAACCUGACGGUGACAGAUGAACCCAUCCAGCAUCGCUAUGAAAAACCAGGGGUUUACAAGGUCACAGUGAAGGCAGAGAACAUGGCAGGGCACGACGAGGCCACCAUGUACAUCCAGGUCACAGCUCCUCUGCAAGAAGUGCACUUGGAAGUGGUCCCCAUCGCUGGGAGAAACCAUGAGGUCAAUCUGACAGCCAUAGUUCUUCCUACUGAAGCCAACCUGACUGUCUUCUACUGGUGGAUAGGAGACAACCUGCGGCCCACGCUGACUCUGCAGAACAGCCUUCUGAGUCGCUUCCCUGAGACAGGAGAGGUCUCAGUCACUGUCCAGGCGUCCAAUGGCCGAUCCAUGGUGCAGGAUACCAGGACUGUCCGAGUCUACGAUAACUUCCAGGUCAUCCCACUGAGCUUCAGCAGGAACCUGGACCACUUCAACCCAAACAUCCCAGAGUGGAGAGAGGACAUCGGCCAGGUGGUCACCAAAAUCCUCGCUAAGAUCACAGGUGUCCCUCAGGAGUCCCUGGUUACAGUGGUGAAGCCGGGCCUCCCCACCACUGCUGACCUGUAUGUUCUCCCAUUGGACAGCAAACCAGCCAAGAGGAGCGUGUUUGUAGACAAGCGUAUUCCAGCCAUCAUGCAGGCCUUCAACGACAACAAUGUCAGCUUUGUGGUGCGAGGAGGUCUACAAGUGUUGGUGAUGCUAGCUGACCCAAACGCAGGGCUAGGUCUAAUUGCUAAUGACUCAACAGCUACAGCAGCAGAGACUGGUUACCAUGGAGCAGCUGGAGGUCCAGGUGUUUGGGCUCUAGCAGUCAUUUUCCUAAUCAGCAUCAUUGCCACCGGCUCCUUCAUCCUCUACAAGUUUAAAAGGAAGCUUCCAGGAAGCCGCAACGUCUAUGCCCAGAUGCACAAUGAGAAGGAGCAGGAGAUGACCAGCCCCGUCAAUCACAGCGAGGACACCCAGCACAUCAUCCAGGGCGAGGAGUUCAUCGACGACGACCUGGACUCACAGACUCUAGGCAACCAUUCGGGUGUGGUCCUGAGCAUCAACUCCAGAGAACUACACAGUUACCUAACCAGCUGAUGGCUGCCAUGACAACGCUAACAAGCUAGCCUAGCCUAGCCUAGCCGGCUAACGAGCACAGGGACUCCACUUUGCCUUCCUUCUUCUCUCUCCUUCUCCUUCUUCUCCUUCUUCUCCUCCCUGGACACUUCGCCUCCACUCCAUGGCCUACUCAACCCUUCAGCUCCAGCUUUGGUGAGAUUUUUUUUUUUUUUUUUUCCCCUGGGAGGGGGCGAGCUUGGUGGAGGGAUGUCUUCACCUCCAUCCUUUUUUCCCCCCAACUCAAUCUCUUCCUGCUGGGGGAUGGGAGGCACUCCGCUUUACUUAAUGUAUUUUACAUCACUGCAAGACCCUCCUUCCCCUGUUCAGCCCUGAAGACCUGCACUGACACGUGGUGAGGGUGGAUAUCUUGAUGGCGUCACACCAAGGACACUCUCUCAUCUGUGUUUUGAAAAGCAAAAUCUGUGUGUGCGUUGUCUUGUCACAUAUAGACACUCAAAAUCAGCAAGCAUGACUCACUGCACUGGUUUCCAGUAAUAUUCACUGUCAGAUGGUUGAACCAUCCAUCACCAAGAGGCCACAGCUACUGAGAGUAGGAAGCGGCCAAAGAUCAGUGUGAUACGAUGGUUUCCAAGCACUAAGGGUAUCAUGCAUUAAGGUAGUUCUAUCCAAUUAAAGAAAAAUGUAUUUUUAAUCUUCCCCCUCUCGGUUUAUUCCUUCUUUGUUUCCCACAAUUACUAGACACUCUCUCUCUUCAAAGGCAAUAAUAUUAUCUCAAUGGAAUGUAGGAUAUGAUAUACCCUUGUGAAUUUGCACAUGAAGAGUGUACACAUGCAAACACAUGAGGGUGGUGUUGCACUUUCUUAAAAUCCCACUCACAGGUACUUGGAGAGCUCAGCUUCUUUGGAAUAUACUGUACGUCCACACAGCUUUCUUCAUUCAUCAGGAUCCCACACUGCACUCACACUCUUGUUUAUCACUCACACAUUUACAGUUUAAAGGUUUGUGUGUGGUGUUUUAAAUCAGCGCCGCCUCUGUAGGAGCUCAUCGUCUGUCCCAUGGUGCCUAAAACAGCAGAGGUUAAUCUGCUCAUUGACAUUACCUGUCGUCCGGUUGAUUUGUUUCUAAUGAUGGUCCGCCCCCUUCCUCCCCCUCCUCCUCCCCCUCCUCCUCCUCCUCCUCCUCCUCCUCUUCUUCCUCUUCCUCCUUCCCACACGUUCUGGGUCAGACUCGUUCCCCUGGAGACAAAGGUCGCCGUCAUGGAGGGAAGGUGUAGUUGAUAUAUUUUACUGUAUCAGCCUAUAUUAGGCAUAGCCCAUGGUGGAAUCAUGUCUCCUUAAAGGUUUGGUUUGUUGUAUGUAAAUGUGUAAAUAUGAACAAUCUCCACUUUGUACAUAUUCCCUUUGACAUGUGUGUGAGUGUUUUACACUACUACCAAAAUACACAGCAUUUUUUUUUUUUUGACAGACCCUUCACUGAGUUUCCUGACUUUGAAAAUUUUCCACAGUUUCCAGUUUCCUCAGCGCCAUUGCCUGCUUCACAUGUAUCCAUUUUCGAUAUUUUCAGCGUAAUCUCAUGAGUAAGAUAAUUUUAUGGUCUGCAUUGUUAACUGGAAAUAAUGUCAUUGUCUUACAAAGAUACUCACAACUACACAGUGACAAUGUAUAUGGAUAUUUUUGAUACACUUGUUUUUCUGUCAUUUUUCCCAGUACGUGUAAACACUGGUGAGUGUUUCUGUUGCCUUUUGCUGAAGUAUUUUUGUUUGUUUGAUUGCACUAAUGAUGUAAGCAGUGCUGUCAACAUGUACUGGGCAGCAACUGAACAAGUCUCUGAAUCAAAAAGGCUUUGGGUGAAAGGCCUUUAUAGACUACCAGUGCUACUACCAUUACCACCAAGAUCACCCCUUGGUUCGUCUUGUAUUUGACGCAGCAGAUCACGGUCACUCGUUCUGAUUUACACCUUAAUUCAUCUUUUGUACAUAUUCUGCUCAUGUUCAGCUUGUUCUUAGUUUUCUAGUGAUGUGUCGUCAUUGUAUCAAUGUCCUCUUUAACAAAGGGGAAAGUGGGAAUUAUGAUAUUACAGUAUAAUAGUGAAGGAGUUUCACAGAUGAUGGCACCGACCAUGUAAUUUUGACAACACUGUUUUUCUUUUAUUCUUUUCCUCUUUCUGCUGUUUGUUUGAUCUGUUGAUUUUGCAAUUAAAAACAAAUUGUGUGUCCUCAUCAGGAAGCGUAGUGCACUCAACCUGCAUCCUGGAAUAAAUCACUCCCAUAACUUGUA